AUGUGUGGUCGGACAAUGACGAGACGACCGGCUCGUCGGGAAGAUGUUACGCAAUUAUGUGGUCCUUUGUUGACUGGUCGCAUCCUCACUCGGCGAACGGUUGAAGCAGGUGUGCCAAUUAGGCAGUGGAGCCUGUGCUCCGGUCCGGCAAGGAUAGGACACACAAAUGCGGCCAAGGCAUCCUCAGAAGAGGGGCAGAAGAGACGAACAGGAAGAGGCAAGAUGGAGGACUUCGUCCUCGGGCGGGUCGGGCUGAAGUUGAAAGGUGCAAGAGCACCAAACCAGACUGAUUGCGCCAGUUUGCUCUUCAAAAAGACGGGAUUUGCAUGA